AUGCCCACUCAAGUCAGAAUCUUUUCGCGACCUAGGCCACUCGGUGAGACUCUCGAAAAGGCCAUUCCUCCUUCCUCGGUUCCACGUUCCAUCCCAGACACCUCAGAUCUUUGGAAACAAGUCGAACCGUCAAAACCGAAGCAGAGUACAGAAGCCACUCGCUCUAUGGCAGUAUACACAGACAAGUCCGUCGAGGGCGGUGUCACAUUCGCUGCCCAGGAAAAGCUCAAGCAUUUGCCUAUCCCCGAAUUGGAAGCUACCGCGCAAAAGUAUCUCACUGCCCUCAAGCCGUUACAGUCUGCGCGAGAACAUUCGGAGACCAAGCAGGCGCUACAGGACUUCCUGAAGCACGAUGGCCCGGCUUUGCAGGAAAAGCUGAAGACGUACGCACAGGACAAGACGAGUUAUAUUGAACAAUUUUGGUAUGAUUCAUACCUAAACUUUGAUAACCCGGUUGUCCUUAAUCUCAACCCGUUUUUCCUGCUGGAAGAUGAUCCCACUCCUGCAAGAAACAACCAAGUGACCCGAGCGGCAUCGCUCGUGGUGUCGGCCCUGGAGUUCGUGAGAGCAGUUCGCAAGGAAGAGUUGCCUCCAGACACGGUUAAAGGCCAGCCUCUUUGCAUGUACCAAUACUCUAGGCUCUUCGGAACAGCACGUGUACCCACGGAAAAUGGAUGCCAGAUCGAGCAGGACCCAGAGUCAAAGCACAUCAUUGUCAUGUGCCACGGCCAAUUCUACUGGUUCGACGUUUUGGACGACAACAAUGAUCUCAUCAUGAGCGAGAAAGAUGUGUCCAUCAACCUGCAGACCAUCAUCGACGAUGCUGCCCAAACGCCGAUUCAGGAUGCGGCCAAGGGGGCCCUUGGCGUUCUCAGCACGGAAAACCGGAAGAUCUGGUCAGGACUGAGAGAUGUCCUGACACGGGAAGAAGGUUCAAACAACGCCGACUGCUUGGGCAUUGUCGAUUCGGCCCUUUUCGUUCUGUGUCUCGACUACACCGAGCCGGUUGACGCUGACGCUCUUUGUGGUAAUAUGCUAUGCGGCACCAGCUUGGUCGAGAAGGGUGUGCAAAUCGGAACCUGUACCAACAGAUGGUACGACAAGCUGCAAAUUAUUGUAUGCAAGAACGGUAGCGCCGGAAUCAACUUUGAGCACACAGGUGUCGACGGUCACACGGUGCUGCGAUUCGCCAGCGAUGUGUACACGGACACCAUCCUCCGCUUCGCCCGGACCAUCAACGGCCAAGCACCGACCCUCUGGGCCUCCACCAGCCCGGACCCGGCGAAGCGCGAUCCGGACAGCUUCGGCGAGGUCAACACAACGCCGCACAAGCUCGAGUGGGACAUGAACCCGGAGCUCAGCGUCGCCGUUCGUUUUGCAGAGACCCGUCUCGCCGACCUCAUUGAGCAAAAUGAGUUCAAGACGCUCGACUUUAAGCACUACGGCAAGAAUUUCAUGACCUCGAUGGGCUUCUCCCCCGACGCCUUUGUGCAGAUGGCCUUCCAGGCCGCCUACUACGGGCUCUACGGCCGUGUCGAGUGUACCUACGAACCCGCCAUGACCAAGAUCUUCCUCCAUGGCCGCACCGAGGCCAUCCGCAGCGUCUCGGACGAGUCAGUCAAUUUUGUCCAGACGUUUUGGGCUGACAACCCAGCCGAGCACAAGGUCGAGGCCCUGAGGAAGGCGUGCCAGCGACACGUCAACAGCACGCGCGAGUGCGCCAAGGCAGAGGGCUGCGACCGCCACCUCUACGCCCUCUUCUGCACCUGGCAGCGCUCCAUGGACGAUGAGGUCUCCGGCAGCUCCAACGGCUACUCGAGCCCCAUCGACGCCCUCUCGGAGCAGGACGUCAGCGAGUCCGCCGUCGGGAGCCCCGGCCGGGAUUCGGUGCUCUCCCUCAACGGCGCCGAGCUGCAGUCCUCUUCUACUGGCCGCGCCCGCGGCGACAGCACCAACUCGCGCAACGGCAACAACCAGGCCUCGAUGCCACAAAUCUUCGCCGACUCGGGCUGGGACAAGCUUAACAACACAAUCAUGUCGACAUCAAAUUGCGGCAACCCCUCCCUGCGCCAGUUCGGCUUCGGCCCCACGUCGGGUGACGGCUUCGGCAUUGGCUACAUCAUCAAGGACGAGAGCAUCUCCAUCUGCGUGUCGAGUAAGCACCGCCAGACAAAACGCUUCGUCGAUACGCUUGAGAGCUACCUCCUCGAGGUGCGACGGAUCCUCCGCAUCACGUCCCGCCGCGGCACCGGCGGUGCGGGCAUGGGCGCCGCCAAGCAGACGCGCGCGCGCGAGCUCGAUCUCCAGGCGAGGCCGAAGCCGCCGAAGGGGAUCAAGUCGCGCGGCCGGCUUAUUACCGCGCACGACGCCAUCAAGACCUCUGUCGCGAGGUCUUCGACGGGCACGCAGUCGCCUACGGAGGAGAGUGUUACGCUUAGUGAGGAUGAUGAGCUUGGAGGAUACGGCUUUUUUGACGCAGGCAUGCUUCUCCAAGCACUCAAGGCUCGCGGAGAGAACAUGGACCCCGGAGAGACGAAACCCUCUGAGCGUGCGGCAGUACAGGCGCGCCGGAGGGAGAUUGGGAAGAAGCUGCGGCUGAUUGACUAUUAG